CAAGGAAACUACAUUACCCUAAUCAUGAUAGAACCGGAUAGAACAUGGAACGUGUCGCGCAUGCUCUUGUAUGAACUUUAAUCUCAUCCGCCAAUCUCUGGAAGCUAUGGCCGUAGUGUCUGCGACAUCUAACGGCACUGUUGAAAACGUUGUGGAGGAAAAUGACAGAAAGGGAUGGUUGUUAAAGCGUACUCAUUUCACAUAUCGCUGGAAACUCGCUUGGUUUGAACUUAAAGAGAGUAUGCUUGUAUACGGUGAUAAUGAAAAGAGGCUUCAUAAAACAAUCAACCUUGUUGGUGCAGAAAUGGAGCCAUUGGAGGGAGGUGCAUCUUUUGGCUGGACCAUCACGCCGGGCGACGGUGGUCAGCGCACGUUCUUCCUCCGUGCAAGCACAGAGGAGGAGCAACAGCAGUGGAUGGAGGCGAUCUGUGAAGCACAGCUGAGGUCCCAAGACCAUGGCUCUCAUGCCUGUGUGGUGCAGUGACAGCGACACGACAGUCUUUUGUUUACACGCAAGGAGAGGAUUUUUUUAGUCAUAUGAUAAUUAGGCAAUUAUUGUAAGCCACUUAUGAUCAAUCUUUCUAUUUUUUAUAUUGCCAUCUUUUAUUUCACCAUACUUAUUUGUAGAUACAAGAAUAAGAGUUUAUAAUUUUGCAAAGAUAGGUAGCCUAAAACCUGCUGACUUGAAUUUCUUAAAUAAUAGUGUCAUGUUUUGUACCAUAUGAUGUUUUGAUGCCUUAUCAUUCAGAGUAACCAGCAGAACAAUAUUUCACAGAUUUCUGCAGUCAAAGGGCUGAAAAGGUUGUCUACACUUAUAGUUAUACUCACCCUCAAUGUUUUACGCUGCAGAAAUGGCUUUGCAGGGCCAUUUCCUGUGUGAAAGUAUAGUACUGAUUGUGCUAAUCUCCAUUGAACAGUGGUCCUGUGGAUUUGACAGUUUAUAAAUAUUGACAGUUGCCAUAGUGACAUAUAUGUAUAUAUGUAUAUAUUAUAUAUACUUCUUUCUAGCAUAAUUGCUAAAAUUAUAAUAAUGAUAAUAAUUCUAGCAUAAUUGCUCCAAGGUAGAAAAGGUUUUGUGAAAUAAAAAUGGAGGAACCUUUGACAUGAAAUAUCUGAGCUGAGAUCAAAUGAAGGACAUUUCAAAUGAUAUGAUACAGUAGAUCUAAGCCUAAUGUAUAGCGCUGAGAAACUCGGGUCAUUAGGGACAGCAGCUGAGAAGUUUAUUUUAUAGACAGGUGUUGAUAAACAGUCUUUACUUGGAUCCCUGUCAGACUAUAACAGGGGGAUUAACUGAAAAGGCCAGCUAUACAGUUUUGCUUAUAUCGGCCUUCAUGGCUGUAUAACCCAUCCACAUCAGAGGAAACGCCUAAAACCUGUCUGUUUCUGUUGAUGAACAGUUAUUAUUUAUUGAUGAUGUGAACCGCAUUGUGUAUAUAACUUAGCAUGGUACAGAGUGAUAGGAGGCAAUGUUUUGAUUAAAAUGGCACUGCUGCAAGGCAUUGAAUACAUGUCUGAGUGUUUCUGCCAAUCCUUGCACUUACUCAAAUCAAACAAAAGUACAUGAAAUAAUAUGUAGGAGCCGCUAAGAAAAAGAAUAUUUACACAGUAAAAGAUUUGUGAAGAGAU